AUGUCUGCAACUUUAAGGUCGUUUGAUUUGGACAGUGAUUCAAUUGCUUUUCAAAAAAUAAGGAGUCCAAAAUUGAGGAGUUUAGACAAGCGCGAUCAUAUUGAUUCUGGUUUUAAUGGGAAUGGGCAGUUUGAAGAUGACAUAGAAUUUGAUGAUACACGUAUGGAAAUCGAUGAUAUGAAACCAAAUCAUUCUUUUAACAACGAGAAUAUAUCUAAUAAUAGACAGAGUGGACAAGAUAGCUUUCAUCAGCGUGAUUAUGUGAUACGGGACACGACGACCAAGGUUCCGUUGAAAGAUAGUCCCCACACAUCAAACGUAAAUCGGAUCACAAAUAAAGCAUCUACUCCUGAUACGCUUGAUAGAAUCAAUAGAUAUCGUUCAAAAAAUGGGACUCCAUUGAAAUUACCUCCUUUGACCUCGAACCAGUUUUCUGACAGUGAUAACGAGAACCCAUCUCUACGGAUUGAAGAAAAAGCAGAAGAUAGUCUUAUAAAACACAGAAAACUCAUAUCUGACGACAAUAAAUUCUCACCUGGAAGCACACGGAUAUCAUUAAGAAAGGCAGGACGUGAUACGACAAAUGAACAUAGCAUUGUGAGUCCCACGAAAUCGAUGAAUAGAUCAACAAAUGAAGCAAUUAUUACUCCACCUUCUAAUUUGAAGGUACGGCCGUUCAUUUUUGGAUCUACAUCCAAAAAGCUGCCCUCUACUUCGUUUUCUAGAAAGGCCCUGCCAGAACAGUUUAGAAACACCCAGGUUUCUGGCAAUAGAAAUGACGCAGAUAUUGAAUUUGAUUCUUCUGACGUUGAUGGUGAAGAAGAGAAUCAUGGAGCAACAAGAGGAAAGCUUUUAUCUAGUACGUCAAGAUUCAAUGCUUCAAUUUCAAAUCAGAUAUCAAAGCCCUCUGGUGUAGCCCAAAAUAUUCAAAUAAACAACCAUGACAAAGAACGAAGCAUUGAAUUGAGAGAAAAAUUAGCACAUGAGCAAUACAUACCGCAGGUGAGUCCCACAAUCGGAAGCAAAUAUGAAGACGUUGGAGAUACCGGUGAUAGGGAGGCUGAUCAGAAAGAGAAAUAUGGUGAUAUUUCCAGAGCCGAAAUUUUGGAAAAAAUUAAUAGCACAAUAAAUUCGUUGAUGGAAAAGGAUAAAUUUGCAAGCUCUCCUUCUAAAGCAAAUCAGGAGGAUGUUUUGCCUCAGAAUAUCGAAAAAGAAAUAGUUGAUGCUGAGUCGUCAGAUGAAGGACCUGAAGAAAUAAUCAAUGAAUUAGACUCAUUUUUUUCAGGGAAUAAAUCUAAUAUAGGAAAUCAGAGAGCUUCAUCCUUCAACCAUAGAUCACCUUCAAAAAUUUUCUCAGAGAAAACUGAAACUAAUUCAUUAAACCAACCUUCCAAAUCAACUCCAAUACGAACUCAUUAUUCAAGGUUAUCAGGUAAAUACGCUAGGCAGAUAUUGCAUAGAAGAAAAAGCGAAAACGUUUCAGCUAUAGAAAAUCCGGAUCCAGCUAUUUUGGAAGAUUCAAAUGAUACCUCUCUGAAUCCAGAAUGGCCAACAAGUAAGUGGUUGAAGCUAAACAAGGUAUUACAACUGGGAAAAAUAGCUAAAACAGACAUCAUUAAUAGCGAAGUAUUAAUUCAAAAAUUAGGAUGUUCUUCGAGGCAUGAAUUAAAACAGAGGGUGGAGUUUUUAAUUCAGUUCAAUGAUUCUAAAAAAGUUAGAAAGCCAAAAAGAAGAGUGGUUAGUAGUACGAAGAAAAAUAAUAUUGGCUCGAAAUCUUCCAAGUCUGAAAAGAGAUUUCAAAUUAUAUAG